UUCAACAUAAAACAGGACACCAAAGAACAAGCAGAUCGUUACAGUCAACCAUACAGCCAAUUUAAGCAUUUUAACAAGACACAUUUUCUGUAGCACCACUGGCACCUUGUGAGGCUCUAAUGAUCAUUAUAAACAGAUAGAAUAGUUGGGACAGUUCAUAUUAGUACGGUGUUAUCAUGCCAACUGAAUGCAUGUACACCAGUUACCAGCAUGAUAGCUCAUAACAGUUUUAUUCAGAUUAAACGAAAAUAAUCUUCCUAUUGAAAUUGAAAUUUCCCAUCUGAAGAGAAGUAGGAGGCAGGACUUCCUAAUCUGAGCAACAGAGCGUGUCUGUUACACAUAAAUAUAGCUUGGUGAAUACGGCUGCAUCCAUGCACUGUUCUGCAGACAAUGUGCAGAUGAUCCUGCGAAUCGAUGUGCAGUACAGUCAAACAAGAACAUGAAGUUGCCGAUCAGUUUCCACAGUAUUAAAACAAACAGCACGAGGAAGCAACGCGAUUGGCUGCAUGCUUUCUGUAUAUGUGCGCGCCGCCCAGCAGCCCUGCUCUCUUCAGCACCGCUGAUUGUGAUUGAAAGAAGCUCUCAAAGCCGAUCCUGUCUUCCAAAUCAUCCCACAAGUGUAAUCUUUUCAUUCAGUCUCGUGCCAUGUCCACUGCUGACGGUCCGAGGGCCGCUGCUCCGUGUCAGCCCUCCUCCUCAGUGGAGAGCAGCGGCUGCAUGGAGCCCGAUCCCGACCAUGAACUCCUCUUCCCGGUGACACGCUCCUUCCUGCUGGCUCGACGUCUCCUGAAUUUACAGGCCUACCGCUGCCACGUGACACGCCGCAAGAGGGAGAUGAUGCCCACCGAUAAGAAAGAUUCCAGCUACUGGGAUAAGCGACGCAAGAACAACCAGGCAGCCAAGCGGUCCAGGGAGAAAAGGAGGCUGAGCGACAUGAUGCAGGAGGGUCAGCUGCUGGCGCUGAGUGAGGAGAAUGCGCAGCUGCGGGCUCAGGUGCUCAGCCUGCAGUACCACGGCAGCCUGAGUGCAGAGAAGAGCAAAGCUGCUUGUGCAACAUCCACCGCAUCUGUUUCUACUUUGCCCGCAUCACCUAGACCUGCCAUCUUCCAGCCAGGACUCUGGGGUAACAGCAGGAGCAAUGCAUCUUCAGUCCUGAGUGCGAGGCAACAACAAACAGACAGCCACUUAUUUGAGGCCAAUGUUCCUUACUUUAGCUUUACUCCCCAAAGUUUACACAAUCGUGGCACACAGAAAGGCAUCUUCCCCCUCUCCGGGCCCCGGGUCCUUUCUCCCCGAGCAGUGUUGGAGGGCGGGAGGUCAGUGGAAGCAGAGAUGGAUGCUCAGCGACAGGUCUCCUCCAGCGAUGACAUCCACAACUCCACCGAUGCAUCUUCCAUCCGGGCAUUUCUGCCCACACCUGACACACUCCACCAUGCCUCCAUCCUGUCACCUGGAAAUUGGCUGAUGCCCCAUCUGAAUCACCCGGCAGUGUGCAAUACAUUUCUGCUGCCUUGGCGGUCUUCCUACCUGGCCCCACCGGCUGUCUACCCCGGCAUGCCUCUCUACAUUCAGGAGAGACAAGGCCAGAGUGUCGGUGUGGAAGCAGACAUUCAGCUGGGGGGAUUCAAGAGCCGGUUCAGCAGAGCACCGGCUGGGCUGUCUCAACUCGGGAUGCACCUCAGUCCUGAUGGACGCUAACAGUUUGACUGUCACAUCGUUUAUUACUGAACAAAGCUUAGCCCACUUUAUGUUGUGAUGCUUGAAGUCUUGUAAACAUGUAUUUCCAGCUGUUUAAAUGGCCAAUGAGGAGGCAUAUUGAAAACAGAAACAAAAUACAAUGUACAGUAUUCCAAAGUGAGUAUAUUUACCGACAUAUAAUCUGCGUGGAGAAUAUUUUUAAUGCAGCCUCAACUGUCUGACUGUGUGUGGUUUCAAAUGUUUGUUUUCUUUUAUAAAUUAUAUUUUGAUAUAUAGAAUAAAUAAAUGAAAAAAAGUGGGUUGAUGGGAGUUAA